AUGAACGUAUUCGCAGAAAAGUGGUCGUUUUCGGUGCCGUCGCUUGGCCAGCUACUAACGACAGGCGCAAUAUUGGCAGUGGUGUACUACAUCACAACCGCGAUUCACUGUAUAUAUUUCCACCCACUUUCCAGGUUCCCAGGGCCCAAAUUCGCGGCCUUCUCUCGCCUUCCAUUUGCCAUCUCAGCCGUUCGCGGUCAACAGUAUAAAUGGAUGGACAGUUUACAUGAGCACUACGGUAAAGUCGUCCGCGUGGGCCCAGAUGAGCUGACAACCAUUUCAUCUGGUGCUUGGAACGACUUGUAUCUCCAGCGACCGCAGCUGCCAAAAGACCCACACCCGCAGACGCCGCCAUUGAACGGCGCCGACUCGCUCUUCACAGCUAACGGAAGCACACACCAGCGUAUGCGGAGGACACUGUUGAAUGGUUUCAACGAUCGAGCUUUACGGGCGCAGUCACCCAUCAUAGAAUCGUAUGCAGACCUGUUCAUUCAGCGUCUGCGCCACGAAGCAGCCAAGAGCCCAGACGGUACCAUCGAUCUAGCCAAGUUUUACGGCUAUGCAGCACUGGAUAUUAUUUCAGACCUGGCAUAUGGCGAGAGUUUCCACGGUCUCGAGGGCGACAACGAGCACAACUGGGUCACGGGCUUUUUCCUUGGGGCGAAGUUCGGUGCAGUGCGCAACCACCUAAGCUACUUUUACCCGCUUGAUAGAAUCUUCGGAUUCCUAUUUUUGAAGCUCACAGCUAAGAUACGAGCACGCAACUGGAAGUAUACAGCAGAUCUGGUGACGAAGCGGCUGGAAAUGGGGGACCUGGGGUCCUCGCGGUUCGAUUUCGUAUCGCCAGUCAUUGGCAACAUCAACAACACAAAGGAGAAAGGUAUCACCCGCAACGAGCUCAAUACCCAUUCGCUAGCUGUCACUAUCGCUGGCUCUCAAUUGCCUACAGUUGCAUUGGCUACGGCAACGUAUUUGCUGUUGACCCACCCAGUUCAGCUCAGGAGGCUUUUGGCCGAAAUUCGCUCGUCCUUCCAGCGAGAGUCAGAUAUCAAUAUCGCGACAACAGCCAAAUUACCGUAUCUAGCUGCCGUUAUCGAUGAAACGUUGCGCAUACAUCACCCUACACCGAUUCAUUUGCCCCGGCUGAUUCCUUCCGAGGGACUGCAAGUAGAUGGCGAGUGGAUCCCGGGCAACACUGUCAUGGGUAUUGCCAUGCACACCGCACAGACAUCAUCCCGCAAUUGGGCCGAACCGCUAGCGUUCCAUCCCGAGCGUUUCGUACCGCCUGGCCACGCGAUGCACGACGCACGCUUUGAUCACGACGAUAGAGACGCAUUUAAGCCCUUUAGUAUUGGCACGCGUAAUUGUAUAGGCGGAAAGGUCUUCCUUGCAGAAGCGCGGAUUCUCCUUGCGCGUACGCUCUGGAACUUCGAGCUCCGUCUUGGGCACGACACGCCGGUAGACUGGUUGGACCAGAAAGCGUAUCUGGUGUUCGAGCCGAAGCCGCUUCGCAUUAGCCUGGUCGAGAAAUCACUUUGA